UUCCGCAUACAUUUCCUCGCCGACUGCCUCUCUUGCCCGCGCUCCCCUUCUUUCUUUCCACUCCUUCCUUCUCGGCUUCCCUGCAAGUUUAACCCCGCGCCGUCAACCGAGGCUGAAAUAGCGGCACCCGGCAUGGAAUCGAUCGAGGAACUGGCGCUCGGACCUUGCAUCGCCUCCCAAUAUUUGCGGCCUUUUCGCCUCCGAUACCGCCAGAAUGGUGUUUCAAAACUUUGGGAUUUCAUGAGGGCACAUGACAGUGUGUCCAUUCUUAUCUUCAAUAUUUCUCAGCAAUGCUUUGUUGUGGUGAAGCAGUUCCGUCCAGCUGUCUAUAUGUGUGAAAUGGAAGAACAAUGUCCUCAGUACUUUGAGAAUAAAACUGAAGAGAGCUGGUGCCCUCUGUCUGAUGUUUUGCCUGCUUCAAAAGGAAUAACAUAUGAACUCUGUGCUGGUAUUGUAGACCAGCCUGAGCUCUCUUUGGAAGAAAUUGCUUGCAAGGAAGUUUUAGAAGAAUGUGGCUAUGAAGUUCCUGUAACCAGCCUAAAAAGAAUCACUUCAUCCAGAUCUGGAGUUGGUUUGACAGGAUCAAAGCAGACAUUAUUUUACGCACAGGUAACUGAUGACAUGAAAUCUAGUGAAGGAGGUGGCCAGCCGGAGGAAGGCGAAAUGAUUGAAGUUGUGGAAAUACCUCUGCAAGAUUCCAUGAAAUUUGCAUAUGAUGAGACUUUCCCUAAAACUAUGGGACUUAUCUUCAGUUUCAUGUGGUUCCAGUCCAACAUAGCACCAAAACUGCAAGAAAAAUAAUGCACUAAGAGAUUCUGGAGACAUGAAGCAAAAAGAUGGGGCCAUAUUGGAAUCAAUCUUUCAGGACUGUCUAAUUCUUAAGUUUGUUAUAGCAAAGGUUCAUAAAAUUCAUAUGCUAACAGUGGCAGAUAAGUAACUCAAGGUUAAACAUAUUUUUCAGCCCAUAUUUUAUUUCUCAUAGAAAGAAUUUGAGGGAAAGAAGUUUGCAAUACUUGAAAGUUGCCCAGUCAGAAACACAGUUUUAUUAUGAGAACUAAUAGAAAAACAUAAAUGGAUAAUUUAUCAUGAGAUAAUUGAAUGUUGUCAGGGAAAAUGUAAAAUCAAAAGAAGAAUUGGCAAAGAAUUACAAUUGUUAGUGGUUACUUUAUUUUCAGUUAUUAAAAAGAUUUAAAGUAGACAAAAGAAUUUGUGGUUCUGAACAUUGUUAGAAUGAGUUUGAAAUAGAAUUGUAUACAAUGAUGAGCACACAAUUGCUAAAAUGUAUAAUAGAACAUUUGUAGCUCAGGGUUGACCUGUGGAGUUUUUGGUGCUCUCUAAGAUUGGUGAUUCGCUUGCAGAUGUUUUAUUACUCAACUGCCCAACAUCAAUUACCCAACAUCAUCAAUGUUUGUGAGUGUGAGGUUUGCUCUGUUUACAUGCAGUAGCUUACUCUGCCAGUGUACAUAUAAAAUGCAUAAACAUUUACUAAAAUUUGAAGAAAAAAAAGAAAAAUGUGAAAAAUGUAUGAGUGAACUAAAAUUUUUGAAAAGAGUUGGCAUUAUCCACAUGGAUAAGAAUAGUUGAUGAAAGAAUAGUUGAUGGAACUUAAUGAGAUGGCUAAAUUGACAUUUUCAUCAGAGAAAAGAUAAUGUCUAUGUUUAUUGCUGACUGGAAGCCCUUUAUGGACUUUUUGCAUGAAACAGAGCUGCAAUGGACCAAGAAGCCCUGAGCUGCAGCAUAUUUUUUCCUGACCUUCCUUCACUUGUGCUGAACUAUAGCAUUCCUUUAACUCACAUGUGGUCUACACUGGGCCCAUCCUUCUAUGGCACGCCACCCCCUUUAACCUGAUUAACAACACACAUACCUGGAGUUACAACAGUAAACAGGAACGCUGAGAUUUCAGUCACCAAGCAAUACAGUCACAUGACCUUUUGCUUUAUGAUCAUGUUGCUUAGCAAUAGAAAUUCUAUCUCAAUUGUGGUCACAAGUUGAGGACUACUAGUAUAAAAAGAAGAGAUUAUGCUGCAACCAUAAAAUAAAAUAGUAAAUUUAUGUUUGUAAAAAA